AUGGCAGGCUUGGAUUUCACCGGAAGUUUGGCCGUCACCACUCCCGAGCAGACAGUUCAGAAAGCCAAAGGGGAGACUGCGUAUCUGCCCUGCAAGUUCAGCCUCAGCCCUGAGGACCAAGGACCACUGGACAUUGAGUGGCUGCGGCUUUCAGGACCUGAUAAUGAGAAGGUGGACCGUGUGAUUAUUUUAUACUCUGUAGACAAGAUCUACUAUGACUUCUGUGAAGAUCUGAAAGGACGAGUACACUUCACAAGUAACGAUAUCAAAUCUGGAGAUGCCUCGAUCACUGUAACAGAUGUGCAAUUAUCGGACGCUGGCACCUAUCGAUGCCGAGUGAAAAAAGCCCCCAGUGUUGCCAACAGGAACCUGCAGCUGACAGUCACUGAUUUCACCGGAAGUUUGACCGUCACCACUCCCGAGCAGACAGUUCAGAAAGCCAAAGGGGAGACUGCGUAUCUGCCCUGCAAGUUCAGCCUCAGCCCUGAGGACCAAGGACCACUGGACAUUGAGUGGCUGCGGCUUUCAGGACCUGAUAAUGAGAAGGUGGACCGUGUGGUGAGUGUGUGCCUGCUCACUGUCACUAAGCAGAGGUCACAUUGCACAUUGUGCUCAUCACUCAGAGAGGGACAUGGAUCUGGAAGCCCCAGUGCCCAGGCUUGUGAUCCUUAUAGAGUGACACGGAUAGUAAGUGACCCAAGAUUGCAGAAGAGGAAAGGUUCAUCAAAGUUCUUCAAGACAGUUCAGAAAGCCAAAGGGGAGACUGCGUAUCUGCCCUGCAAGUUCAGCCUCAGCCCUGAGGACCAAGGACCACUGGACAUUGAGUGGCUGCGGCUUUCAGGACCUGAUAAUGAGAAGGUGGACCGUGUGAUUAUUUUAUAUUCUGUAGACAAGAUCUACUAUGACUUCUAUCAAGAUCUGAAAGGACGAGUACAUUUCACAAGUGACGAUAUCAAGUCUGGAGAUGCCUCGAUCUCCAUAACAGAUGUGCAGUUAUCAGACACUGGCACCUCUCAGUGCAGAGUGAGAAAAGCCCCCGGUGUUGCCAAAAGUAACCUGCAGUUGACAGUUUUCAGUAAGUUACUGUUGUUGGUGACUUGUUUGCAGUGACCGGUGAAUGGGUACCGUGCCAUAGUAUCAGCAUUUAUGUAAAACAAACCUUGGAUUUUGUGUAAUUAUUUUAUUUGUUUUCACUGUGCUAAGGAUGAAACCCAGGCCUCAUGCUUGCCAGGAAAGGACUCCAGCACUGAGCUGCGCCCCUGGCCCCAGAGUAAUCAUUUUAAACUUUGAAGUAUUUUUGAUGUUCUCAGAUAGCUUAAGACAUAAAGCUAGACUUUCUUGCAUAGGAAAAAUAAGUGACUAACUUCUUUUCAAAACUCAUAAAGAAUUUAGAGUAAGUGAAGAGUUUGUUGAGUGACAAAGACCUGUGAGCCAGGAGUCAGGAGAGCUGUUUUGUUGCUGCUCUCGUUUUUGCUAUUUUUAACCUUGUCUUCUGAAUGUGCCCUGAGAGUUAAACAAAUUUCAUUUUCUUGGGCCUCAGCCUAUCUUAUGUUUACUGACGCAUAAUAUAUUAAAAGGUUUACUUAUCAUUAUACCUAUCAGAUUUCAUUCGGUUCAAAGUUGUUUAUGGUCUGAGUAGAAGCUCUGAGCUUUUACUUUCACGGUCCAAAGAAUCAAUGAGAUUUCUGUGGUGAGGAACUGGAGUGUCAGGAUGAAGCAGAUGGAAUGUGCUAGAAUGAAUAAUGGACUGGAGAAGGCUAGUGCUCAUCAGGUAGUGAUGGAACGUCCCCACCAUCACCGCCUCUCAUUCUCAACAUGGGAAUGAGGCAGUUGCUAGGAAGACCUUCUGCUCUCCAGAUGGCUGAGAGGACAGGUGCACACUGCCUGCCAUCGUCAAAGCCUUCAGUUUUGAUUCUUUCUAUGGAUUCUGUGAUAAUUAGCCCAGUCUCAAUCCCUUCAAGUUUAGAGAGUCUGAAAGGUUUUAGUUCAUAGUAUGCACCCAACAUCAACAUCUUAUUCUGGCAGAAUUUAUAUAGACAGUGACUGUAUAAAUGGGACCAAAAUCCCUGUUCUGUGACCUAAAGUGUCAUGUUUUGGGAGACUCUUGGGGACCUGUUUUUGGUCAGAAUUUCUGAAUGUCUGGCAUAACCUUGGAAGUGACUAAUCAGGGCAACCUCCCUCACUGACCACCCCCUGCCUCAACAUACCACCUAUUCACUGAUCUUUUAUAGAAGCACCUAGAGUAAGGUAGGAAGUGUUAAUGUGGGGGUCAGAGUUGUUCUGCGCAAUGGUCCACUCCAGAGCAAGAAUAUAAGCACACAGAGCAACAGGAAGGGGAACACUGGCAUGUCAGGUUCUGCUGGCAGCACUGCGGAGUGUAGACUCUGGUCAACAGUACUGUGGCCCGAGUUGAGCCCGUUAAGAAUGUGUGAAACAAGUGGCACCAAACACGCAACUGCGAUGUCAAUCAUGAUCUCCCUCCUCCAAACACAUCUUGACACCCGUAGGAAAUGCAAUCAUAUUUCUCUCCUUCAUGUGUUACUAUUUGGACUUUGUUUUUCUUUCUUUUUUUUUUUAAUUGCUGUGCAUGGGGGUGUACACUUUUGGUUCCAGCAAUUGGGAAGCAGAAGCAAGCAGAUCUCUGUGAGAUCAUGGCUAGCCUGGUCUAUGUA